CAUUAUUUGUGCAAUCCAUACUGAUUUCGGGUGGAAUUUGAAUUUAACAAAACUCAAUCAAAUACUUACUUUGUGUACAUGACAAAUGAGAAACCUAUUUUUGUACUCUCAUGUUUUUUUUACUAUAUUUUUGUACGAAUUUUUGUGCCAAUUCUAGUUCAUAAGUGACUUGCAAGCUCUUUCUAUUUUCAUUCCUGUUGUAAAUACGCCAUUUGUCCCCACCUGUCAUUAUCAAUGUCAUCAUCACUUUGCUCGGGAGAACUGAAACCGAUCUCGAAGCAGCCAACCGAAUGGAAGACGAGCGAAGAUAAAAAUACUUGACCAUGCCACUCGACAAGAAGAGGCAGUAUUACGACCAAGACCACGUGUCUCUUGAAAGUCUGCCAACCUGGCCCCAGUUCGCAGAAAAGGAGUCCUUGACCACCACAGACCAACCAAAGGUCAGAGUUGACGACGAAAUCAACAGCAAAGUGUCGCUUUUUGAGGGCGACAUCACUACCCUUGAGAUUGACGCGAUUGUCAACGCUGCCAACUGUUCCCUCUUCAGUGGAGGAGGAGUCUGCGGAGCGAUCUUUAGAGCAGCAAGAGGCAAACUGGAAGAUGAGUGUGAUUCGCUGAACGGUUGCCCAGCGGGCCAAGCCAAGUUGACUGGCGGCUACAAGCUGCCAGCAAAGUACAUCAUUCACGCUGUUGGACCUCAAGACAAGGAUCCCGUUGUCCUGAAGAACUGCUACAUCAACUGCCUGGAUCACAUGCUGCAGACUGAAGGUUCUCCAGACCUUAGAUCACUCGCCUUUCCCUGCAUCGCCACAGGCAUCUAUGGAUUCCCGAACGAGAAGGCUGCUGAAAUAGCCAUUUCAACCUGCAGGGAGUUUCUGGAUAAGAACAAGGACCAAGUUGACAGAAUCAUAUUUUGUCUCUUUGACAAAAUCGACAAGAAACUCUACAGAAAAUUCAUGCAGAUAUACUUUCCCCUCAAAUCCCCAGAGGAAACCACUAAUGAUCAAUAAUACUGUCGUGAAUGCUCUUUUUUACUUAAGCUGUUGAAGAUACUCGGUUUUCGUGUACAUUUUCCUCUUUACGCACCUUUAGCAAAUAAAAAUGAAAUAAAAACCCUCCGAGUUAUUUAAUCA